AAAUUACACUUCAUUCGUCUCCCGGUUGGCCGCGCAACACACGGCUUUGACGCGGCCACGUUCGACGGCGGCGAACGGACACAGGGGUUGCGCCCCCGAGACGCAGAGCCGGAUAAAUCGCAGACGAAUCUCGGUGUUAGAAGAGGUUCUACGCUUUGGUGUCUUCGAGGUUUCCACAGUCUGCAUGCAGAAGAUGGCUGUCGCGUUCGGCAUUCUACCCACGUCCGCGUACCAAGGCCUUGCCGAUAGAAGCGACAUCGCGCUGGGUCCGUAUAUGCGCCGAGGUGACCGAUUUCAACGAUGCUUCUGCCGGCCUCGCCUGCUCUGCUCCGGUGCGCUGAGCAUCGCAGCAUCGAGAGCGGGAAGGCUAGUUGGUCGAUAAUUCGAGUUUCAGAUUCCAAUGCAUCCCUUGCACGCAAGGCAUUCGAAGGCUCUCGGGAAGAUGGCUGAUCGCUACAAGGUGGAGUGGCCUCGACAGCUUCAGCGCACGGCUCUACACCAUACCUCGCCCUCCGACUUGGUUUCAUCGUCAAGCUCCACCUCACGAACGAGCUCGCAUAACCGUUG